UGCGGUCUCCUUUUCUGGCCGUCAACGUGGUCGCGAUCCCUCCGACCCCCCUUCGGCCUCUCUCUUUCGGUUAGCAUCAGUGCCCAAUGAGCAGGAACUGGUACUUUUCGUACCACCGGCCAAUUGGGCUCCGAGAGCAGGCUAAAGGGCGUGGCCAACAUGCCCAGUCUUUCUUCUCGUCUCGGGGUGAAGCAACGCAGACUUGCUCAACUAACUAGUUGUAACCAUGCAAUGCAAACGGAUGGGAAACUAGAUCACCCUGCAUAUCUAUGCGAUGCGAGUACAUCCGCUGUGGAGUAUCUGUGAACCCAUUUCCAGGCAGAGUCGGCAAUGGAGCCGUUCCAAUCACUUACCCUUGUCUGACCUUGAAAACUGAUGGCAUUGAAGGACAACUCAUAAUUAUGUCCAACCAAGAAUGGUGUGGAAAUCUAGACAACCAUUAAGGAUGAGUCGAUGAAGCCUCGUUUGGUACUUCUGGGAGACGGUGAGCAGAGAGACGUACAUUUGCAUGAGGGUUCGACAAAUCCGAGCGAUCCUAUAUAUACGAGCAAACGUAGUACCACAUAACCAAAGAGAAGUUUGGAUGGCGAAUCAGGUAAGAGCCUCAGCCAGGUAUCACAUACCCCUUCUCCUUUCGGUAGACCAUACCAAAGCCUUCAAGAACUAUUCUAUCGACAUCCUCCGGAUCGAACUGAGAUACAUCCCGCAACAUUUCCUUCUCUGGUUCUGGCCCCCAACCAAUGAGCUGGCACUGCAGGGCCUCGAGAGGCUGUUAACAAGCCAGGAACACAUGGAUGAUCCUCUCUCCCUCUGGCCCAAGCCUCUCGACGGUGGGUUCAGACGCAUACCACUACGUCCGGGGGGGGAGUCUUGUACUCCCCACGCCCCCCAGGGGGUGGCACACCUUUAUAGAGACAAAGGUGGGUAGCGGUGGUGGGAAAGUGUCUCCGAGGACGUGAGGUAUCAUUGGGUCAGAGGUGUGAGUAGGCUCUUCUGCUUACUCUGAACUAAGGGAAUGCGCAUAUCAUUUCUUGCACAUGAUUUCCACAUAGUGUGGCCGGAAUACCAUGGUCUUCGUAGAACUUUCCAUGGCGUCGAAUGUCUCAGAGGUCUUGAUUGGUCAGUUCGAAUUAAAACUCAACGUCGAAUAUCCCCCUAUUAGAAGAGAUGAUAUGCAUUGAUGCUGCGGCCGUCUAGCUAGAAGCGAUGGUUCUCUGACGGAUAGAUCAACGAUUACGUCUAAAUCUAUGUACGGAACGGGCCGUGGGGUACGAGACCAGGCGCCCAUAAUUUCCCGGAGAAAGGAUUUAUUCACAACACUACUUGGCCGCCUAAGGCGGCCUUGUUGACCCAGGGUUCGCGCUUUGCACGUAGCAUGUAAGUGAAUGCAAACAACGAUGGCAAUAGUCAAAAGAAUCACCUUAAUAUUACACCGAGAUUUGGAUUUCCAUAUUAUUAUCCCUUGCCGCCGGAAGAAACCUCCGUUUUUACUAGGACACGGGUCAACUCCAUUUAGCAGAAUAACAC